AUGGGGGAACCAAGUCAAGUAGCAGAUAUGAUUGACUUAGGGAUUGCAACGAAGAGCCUUAGUGGAAAAAUUGGAGAUGGGCUAGAAGACAUGGGUUGGAUCAUCUUUAUUGGAUAUUCAAGAGAUCGAGGAAAGCAUGAAUCAAAACUUGAAGUGAGUUUUCGUCGACCUACGGAGGUUGACACAGAUUUCUUUUGCAGGGAAGUUAUUGGUGGAUGUUAUGUCUUUGAGGGAAUCAGAGGUCACAAAUGGGGCGAAGGUCAUGCUUAUGGUCUCUCAAGGCUUGGACCAAGGGGUUUGUUUGAACAAGAUAGUCUAACACUAAAAGAUGUCAAGACUCGACUUGUUUUAAGGGCUAAUACUGACAAUAACAAAAGGGUGUAUGAAAAGUUUGGAGCUUUGAUUGAUAAGAACAGUUUAGAAUGA